UUUGACCUUCUCUGUUUUCAUACCCUGGUCCGAGAGGCCUGACUCUCUCCCCAAGUGGGGUGGUUGCCAUUGCUUCAGUCCUGGUGCACGUAUGCUGCUAGGGAGCAAAGACAGCCUAAUCUCAUAAGAGGCUAAAGCGGCUUGGGAGCAGAGGAAGGGAUGGAGAUGAGUUAGUGGCUCUAUCUCUCACACUGUCUGCGGCAAUGGAAAAAGUGAGGACAUAUUCUCACAUGCCGCAUCACACCGCCGCGAGAGGGCUUUUAUAAUAUCGAGGGAGGACCUAAUCAUCGAGAACCAGCAGGCAUGGAGUUGGACUGAGGCCUACAUGAAGAGAGAUAUGAAAGGUUAAGCAUGACAUGCCUGCUCUGGAUGUUAGUGUGCACGGCAUGAGAUACAAGCAUGGCACUCACAUUGCUAGAGGGGUUUGGCUGUAGCCUCAUUAGCUGGAUCUGUGUGUAUGCCCUCAUUUGCUACGUCAACUCUUUGCGAGGAUACGAGUUUAACUGCAGGGUGGUCACCUUCAUCCAUGGCGUGAUCAUAGUACUGCUGACGGCUUACAUAGCCUUCAUCGAUGGACCCUGGCCCUACACAAACACAGGCGUGCUCAACACUCCCAUGCAGAUCCUGGCCCUGCUGGUGAGCCUGGGCUACUUUGUCUUCGACAUGGGCUGGUGCAUGUACUUCCGCACGGAGGGCCCCGUGAUGCUGGCCCACCACGUGCUGACCAUCCUGGCCAUGCUGCUGACGCUGGCCGAGGGCAAGUGCGGCACUGAGGCCUGCGCCGUCAUCUUGGGCAGCGAGGUCACCAACCCCUUUCUGCAGUCCAGGUGGUUCCUGAAGCGCCUGGGCAAGUAUGACACGCUGGUGGGGGACGUAGUGGACUUCCUUUUCAUCCUGCUCUUCCUGGUCGUCCGCAUCGGCUUCGGCGCGGGCAUGCUGCACGCCGUAGUCACGUGUCCCCGGUCCCGCUGGUACAUCAAGGCCAGCGGUCUGUCCAUCUACACCAUCUCCUGCGUCUUCAUGGUGGACAUUGUCCGCUUCGCCAUCCGCAAGAGCUGCGGAAAGUACAAGCGCUGGCAGGAGCGACGCCAGCUGCUGGACGUGGCCAAUGGGAAGCCUCACCUGCAGUGAUGAAAGAACUCUAAGUUUGGAGUGAGGAGUCUGCACACUUAAAAUCCUCUGUUCUUUGAUUUUUUAGCAAAGAAUCAAUUUUUUUUCAUCAAAAAAUCAAAGAAAAAUUACUUCAACCCCUUUAUGCAGAACCUAUGGUAUAACCCCACUGUCACCAGAAUUGCAAUGGCUUUGUCUUAAUCUGUUACUUAAGGCUCUCUGUAAUGUCAUAGCAGUGUUGUUAUGAUGUAGUUGAGUAUUUUCAGCAAAUAGUGAAAAGGCCCGCCGGCGACCCAAUCUGCACAAAGAGGCUAUGUGUGCGGUCAGAGAUGAAGACAAUGCUUGAAACAUAGUUCUGCCAUGGAAUAAAAAAAUCAAGGAAUCAAGGAAAAAGGAUUUCAAAUGUGUCGACUCUUCCCUCCAAACUUUCAGUCAGCCUCUGUCCUGCACCUUUUCCUUGGAUGUGCACAGUCUUCACCCUCAAAUGAAAUGACGCUCGCUGAGCCUUAGUCCCAUCUCUCCUCACUCCGUAGUGUGUCCCAAAAGGGUUUGGGACACACACACGUUCAUAUGCACCCACAGGAGUGAGUGCUAGGGGGAGUAUUGAGAAGAGGUAAUUGAAAUGGGACCAGGCCUGGACUGGACAAGCAGUGACACCAAAGUGGAACUCUUAAUGAAUAACAUAGUGGUGCUGCUGCUGUUGGAAUGGAUGUAAUGAAAUUCUGGGUUCUGUUGUUGUUUUGUUGUUUAGCGUGUGACUCAUCUGUGACCCAGCUUUGUUUUUUGUGAUUUGACAUAAUUUUCAAACUUAGCAAUUUUCAGGAGGUAGAUAUUUUUGUAGUUAGUAAAUAAACAGUGCUGAUGUGUGUUUUGAAUGAGAUCCAGUUACAUGGAAACCCCCUCCAUGAUUGAAUAAAGUAACAUAGACUAUGUAUGUUUGAAUAACACUAUGCCUACCCAUUAACAUGUUUAAAGGCCCCAAUACAAAAUAGCUGU